AAAAAACCCAUAGAAAAGCUUAUAUAAAUUUCGAUAAACUCAAUAAAGCCAGAAAGGGUAUCGUUGCAGUCGAUAUCUCACCAUAAAGGUUUUCUCAUCCACACGAUGCAUCACAACACUUUUAUCUUGCUGUUGGUUGUCUUUGUUACCAUCCUGCCUGCGCUGGAUGCAUGGUGGCUCGUCGGGAAGAAUGGGAACAACCGCCAAUGUCCAAGAAGAGGAUCGGCAAGCCCAUAUUACUUCGGCACAACCAACUUAGCUUGUAUGAUCAAUGGAAAGCGUAAACGAAGAGCGCCAUCGAGAGGGGUCUGGGAAUACACGCAUCGGUUUAUUUAUUAUCAAGGAUAUUAUUUCGAGUUUAGCAACCGUGGUAUCUUCGUCCAUAGGAAUAGGAUAGACAGUCAUAGAUGCUCAGGGGGAACUGAAAGCUCUCCAGCGGGAUACAGUUAUUUGGAUGUCGAGUGCAUCAAGAAUUGUGCCCACAGCUACAGGCGUAAUUUCGGAAACUACAAUUUCCUUUCUAACAACUGCCACCAUUUUGCCAAUAAACUCUCUGAGGUCCUGUGUACAAGGAGUUCAUGCCCCUCCUGGUGCUAACAAUUUGUUGUUCGGCAAUUUUCUGACACCUUUCAUUACGUGUACUUACGGUAUCUUUGUCAUAAAUAUUAUGUAGUCCAAUGUUUGGCGUUUAAGUAAAGAGUUCUCAUGUACCUCUUAUAUUCUGAAAUGCAUCAGAUGUAAUGCGGCCAGACAACAAUACCAAGUGAUGGUUUUAGUUUAAUUUUAUUUGACAAUCUUAUUUUUGCUUCAAGGUCAGAAGGAUCAUUAUAUUUUCCCUCAACGUAAAUGAUAAUAAACAUGGAUGAUGUUUGGCACUGAUAUCUAAUUCUAUUUUACAAUGGAUAAUAACCUAAGAAAUAAAUAUCUAAAUCAAAUCUGAUAUUGAUUAGUCAUAAUCUUUUCUAAUUUUCCAAAAUUUUAAAGCUUUUAUGAAUUUUUUUAUGCUUCCAAAAGUUUAACAUUUCUGAUUUUUUACAUGUGAUUAAAACUUAUAUAUAUUUAAAGGGUCAGAAAAGCAAAUAUAUUUACCAUUUAAUAAUAAAAACAUACGGAUUUUAUAUAGAAUUUUAUUAAAAACAAACAUGUUCACAGAUUCAGUGCUUAAAUAGGUAUCUAAAUUUUGAUUUGUUUAGAAAAUUAUAUUUAAUAAGUACAUUCUAAAACCAAAAUCCAUAAUUAUUGAUUCAAACUACUUGAAAUGCAUUGAAUGACUGUUAUUGUUAUAAAAAAUGUGUUUAUUGAAUUUAUACAUCAUAGAAUAAUUUUAAUUACAAAAACUAUAUUUUUAAAAGUCAUUGUUCCGACAAAAAAGUAGUCCUUGUUUGAUUAAAUUUGAUUACUAUAUAAGCCAGGUUGUAAAACUGUAGGAAAUAUAAAAAAUAUAAGAUCUUUAAAAGUUUCUACGUUUUGAUUUAAUUGAUGAUUAUAUUUUCCCUCAACGUAAAUGAUAAUUAACAUGGAUGAUGUUUGGCACUGAUAUCUAAUUUCUAUAUAACAAUGGAUAAAAACCUAAAAAAAUAAAUAUUUAAAUCAAACCUGAUAUUGAUUAGUCAUAAUCUUAUCUAAUUUUCCAAAAUUUUAAAGCUUUUUUGAAUUUUUUUAUGCUUCCAAUAGUUGAAUAUUUUUUAUUUUUUACAUAUGAUUAAUACUUAUAUAUAUUUAUAGGGUCAGAAAAGCAAAUAUAUUUACCAUUUCAUAAGAAAAAACAUACGAAUUUUAUAUAGAAUUUAAUUUAAAACAAACAUAUUAACAGAUUCAGUGCUUAAUAGGUAUCUAAAUUUUGAUUUGUUUAGAAAAUUAUAUUUAAUAAGUACAUUCUAAAACCAAAAUCCAUAAUUAUUAAUUCAAAUUAAUUGAAAAAAUAUUGAAUGACUGAAAUUGUUUUAAAAAAUGUGUUUAUUGAAUUUAUACAUCAAAGAAUAAUUUUAAUUACAAAAACUAUAUUUUCAAAAGUCAUUGUUCCGCCAAAAUAGUAGUCCUUGUUAGAAUAUAAACUUUGAUUACUAUAUCUAAGCCAAGUUGUAAAACUGUAGGAAAUGUAAAAAAUAAGAUCUUUAAAUGUUUUUUACGUUUUGAUUUAAUUGACAUUUAUUCAAAAAAUUCUUUUGAUAUUUCGAUAAGUAGAAAACUAGAGAAGACUCUUCUUUAAAAGAAUAUUUUGUAUUGCAAUGUACAUUAAACUUAAAGCCAAAUUACAGAGCAAAGACAUGUAGCCUCUCUAUGUUUAAUUAUAACAAUAACUUUUUGUAUUGAUAAAUUUUGACAAAAUUUUUAGAAGUUUGGAGAUUUUAUGUUAUCCGUUCAUUAUGACACAAUUAAUUACAUAAUUAUGUUUCGCUAUAGAGGCUUUACUGUACUUCACUACACGGAGACUUAUACUUUUUAAGACACUACGUCACAAGAUGGCGAUUUAAAAGUUUUGUUAAACUGUUUGUAUCAAUCGAUUCAGAUGUAUAUCUUCAUAGCUCAGUGGUUAAAGUAUCAGGCUUGUGAACCGCAGAUCAUGAGUUUGAAUCCGCCUUGGGCUUUUGUUCAUGUUUACUAAAUGAAAUUUUUGAAAAUAUCAUUUUUUAUCUAAAAUUGCACAUUUUUUCGCCUAUUUGACAUAUAUACUUCUUAUCCAUCAUGCUUUAUAUCAUAAUCAAGUAAUUCUCUGCUGAUUUGAGACACUAUUUCAAGGUGUAGUGAGGCAUAUUAAAGCAUAUAAUAUAUACAAACAAUACUUCAAAUACUUAAAACAAAUUUUGGGAAGUUUUUAAUACUUUGUAUAUAGCAAUUUUUGUAUUUUUUUUAAAAUAAUUAUUGUUUGGCCAUUAUUAAUCACCGAAUUGUCUUCAGAUUUUUCCGUUUUCCCGAUUACGACAAAGAGGUCCUGGUUUUCUAUGCUCCUGUUUUGUAUUUCUUCUUUGGACUUUCGAUUUUUAUUAACACUGAUUGUUAUUACCACAUUUCAAUUUCAUAUAUUUUUGUAAAUUAAUUAUAUCCAUUAGUUAUAAAAGUAUAUCUUUCUACUCA